AUGUCGCCAACUCGCCUCAUACACCUAGCCGACUUCGGCAAGCCUCCGCGCGCUCAUCACACGAAGCCAACUCUGCAAGCAAGGGCGGCAGCGCAACACAAUGCGCGGGACAAGCCGUCGCUGCUGUGGACGGUCAGGCGGGACAUGUACACGCACGGGUUCCCCCCACAACAAAUGGAAGCGCUUCGGGCCAUUUGCGGUGCCCUCAUCCCAUCGCUGCCCGGUCAAGGAGAGGAUCCCCAUGUCACCGGCGGCAAGGAUCUCGAUCACGAGCGGUUCUACCUCGCCUCCGGCGCCGAUGACGCUAUUCCAGAGGAGGUUGCAGAGUUGGCGGUGAAACGGUGCCCAUGGGAGGCAACAACGCUACUGCGCGCUGUUCUCUGGGCUCUAAGCACAAAGGCUGGUACUCUGGUGCUGUGUGGCCGGCUGUGCAUCUCGGAUGAAAUCCGCCGAUUUGCCCACAUGCCACUCGAGCGAAAGGAGGAGGCGCUCAAAAAGUGGAGCAAGGCGUCCUGGUUCCUACUCCCUACUAGGAUUGCCUUUGUCAUCUUCAAGAUGCUUUGCCAGUACGUCUUCUAUACUAAGGUUGACGAGAACUAUGAUAAUCCAAGUUGGAAAGCAAUAGGAUAUGGAGUGAAAAAAGUGGAAGAACAAUGGCAAAAACGGCCGCGGCGGCCGCGCCCACUGGACAAGGGCGUACUGAAUACCAAGGAGUUAAACGACCAAACCUUUCUGAGGUCAGUCACAGAGAAAGGUCUAGCGGUAAAGCCGGGAACAAACCAGUACCACACGGUGGAAUGUGAUGUCGUCAUUGCCGGUUCAGGCUGCGGCGGCGGAGUGGCUGCGGCUGUGCUUGCGUCAGCAGGGCUCAAGGUUGUUGUUGUUGAGAAGGGAGACUACUUUAUCGCGGACGAUUACAGUGGCAUCGAGGGCCCUUCCAUGGAACAGCUAUAUGAGAACGGAGGCAUCCUCUUCACAUCCGACGCAACCACAGCCCUAUUAUCAGGCGCUACGGUUGGCGGAGGAUCAGCGGUGAACUGGUCAGCUAGCAUCCGCACGCCAGAAGAUGUCCUGCAGGAGUGGUCGCAACACCAUGGUCUAGGGUUGUUCAGGAGCUCGCGGUAUGAGCAGGCCAUGGACGCCGUCUGCAAACGACUUGGUGUGACCGCUAGGUGCCGAGAGGAAGGGUUUCAGAACAAGGUGUUGCGUCGCGGGUGCAAGGCGCUGGGCAUUCCUGUUCAAGCUGUUCCACGCAAUUCUCCGGAGGGCCACUACUGCGGUAGCUGCGGCUACGGGUGCCCCACCGGAGAGAAGCGUGGCACCGACACUACAUGGCUCGUCGAUGCGGUAGCACACGGCGCUGUCAUCCUCACAGGGUGCAAUGCCCAUCAAUUCAUACUUGAGAAGAGCACAAGACCUGGGAAGGCUGGCCGCAGCAGCAAGUGCACCGGCCUUGUGGCAAAAUGCAUGAACAGUGGGAUAACCAAGAAGUUGCGCAUCAUGGCAAAAGCAUCGAUUUCGGCGUGCGGUGCAUUAAUGACACCGCCGCUGCUGCGGAAGAGUGGGCUCAAGAACAAGCACAUUGGCCGAAACCUGUACCUGCACCCAGCUUCUAUGGCCUGGGGUUAUUUCCCGGAGGAUACUGUCACGGGCAAGUGCUACCAGGGUGGCGUAAUAACUAGCAUGCACCGUGUCACUGAGCGCACUGUCAUCGAGACACCGGCACUUGCUCCAGGCAUGUUUGCAACAGUUAUGCCGUGGGUGUCGGGGCGCGACAUGAAACAUCGCAUGCUUCGCUAUGCUCGCACUGCUCAUCUGGUUGCCCUCGUCCGCGACCGUGGACAGGGUUUUGUUGAUGGCGUGGGACGGGUGCGCUUCACGCCGAGCCCAGACGACACCCGUGAGCUCUGCAGUGCCUUGCGCCGUGCACUGCGUAUCCUUGUGGCUGCCGGGGCGGCUGAGGUUGGCAUUCACCGCAGCGAUGGGCUCCGGCUAGGGUGUAAAGGUGUGGGUGAUGAAGACCUGGAGGCAUUCCUUGCUGGAGUUACCAUUGAGAAGGGACCCUUGCACUUUGCGACGGACAAGUGGGGGAUCCUUGGCUCGGCACACCAGAUGGGUAGUUGCCGGAUGGCCUCCAACAACCGAGAUGGUGCAGUGGAUAGCUCGGGAGAAAGCUGGGAAGCCGAGGGCCUGUACGUAUCCGACGCCAGUGUCCUCCCCACUGCCAUCGGCAUCAACCCGAUGAUUACCAUACAAUCAGUCGCCUACUGCAUCUCCCACGACAUAGCCAUGUCUUUCGUACACUAG